AUGGCGCUGCUCACUCACCUACUGGCAUGUGUCUUCGGGACGGGCUCCUGGGCAGCCCUCAAUGGCCUGUGGGUGGAGCUGCCCCUGCUGGUGACUGAGCUGCCUGAGCAGUGGUACCUGCCCUCCUACAUCACCAUCAUCAUCCAGCUGGCCAACGUGGGGCCGCUGCUGGUCACCCUGCUGCACAGGUUCAAGCCCGGCCUGCUGAGCGAAGUGGCCAUCAUCUAUGGCGUGGUGGCCGUGGGAGCCCUGGCCUGCCUGCUCCUGGCCUUCCUUUGGGGUUUUACCUCCCCUGUCGCUGGGGAGCCUCACAGCACGGCCUUCUUCGGCCUCGCCUUCUGCCUGGCGCUGGUGGACUGCACCUCCUCAGUCACCUUCCUGCCCUUCAUGGCGCGGCUGCAGCCCCGCUACGUCACCACCUUCUUCGUAGGGGAAGGGCUCAGUGGGUUCCUCCCAGCCCUCAUUGCCCUGGCCCAAGGCGCUGGCAUCGCCAGGUGCGUCAACAUCACCCGGAUCACCAACGUAACCACGGGCAACAACACCGCCGAGGGCAGCCAGUUCCAAAUGGAGACCCAGUAUCUCCCAGCCAACUUCUCCACCCUGGUCUUCUUCCUCCUCCUGGCUGCCAUGAUGGUCAUCUGCUUGGUAGCCUUCUUCUUCCUCACCAGGCUGCCCAAGGUGUGGGAGCUGUCGAGACAAAACUUGUGUCCUAGCAACAUCACCCUCCACUCACUUCAGGAAAUCCCUGGGGAUGGGCCCAGGCUAUCUGGGGGAGGAGACUCCCCAAGGAGGGAAAAGCCAGCUAGCUCCGACAAGGGAUUCCAUCGUGCAGACCCAGAGAUUGCCUACUCUCUGGCCAAGUUUGCCUUCAUCUACCUCCUUGUUGCCUGGGUGAACUCCCUGACCAACGGGAUCCUGCCAUCUGUGCAAGCCUAUUCCUGCUUGCCCUAUGGCAACAUGGCGUACCACCUGUCUGCAACCCUGAGCUCCAUGGCUAACCCGCUCGCCUGCACCAUUGCCAUGUUUCUGCCCAGCAGAUCUCUGGCCCUGCUGGGGGUGCUCUCCGUGGCCGGGACAGGCUUUGGGGCCUAUAACAUGGCUAUGGCUGUCAUGAGCCCAUGCCCCCUCCUGCAGCACUCGGCGUGGGGGCACGCCAUCAUCGUCAUCUCCUGGGUGUUCUUCACAGGGAGCCUCAGUUACGUGAAGGUGAUGACCGGGGUGAUCCUGCGGAGCCAGAGCCACAGCGCCCUUGUGUGGUAUGGGGCAGUAGAGCAGCUGGGGUCUCUGACAGGGGCCCUCAUCAUGUUUCCCCUGGUGAAUGUCUAUAGCUUCUUCAGAUCUGCUGACUAUUGCAGCCUGCAGUGUCCAGCGUGAGCCUGGGCGAAGGGAGGUGCUCUGGGGAGGAGCUGUGGCAAGGACAUCAUGGGCUCCAGUGACUUCCAGACUGGGCAGAAAACACCUCCACCCCAAUCCCAUUAGCUGGAUGGAUCUCCAUGCUGCAGCCCAUAGUCUGCAACCGCCACGUGCCAAAGCACACCCCAAUCAGUUAUACAAACAGU